AGAAAAAGAAAUGAGAAAAGAACCUCUCAACAGUUUUCUUAUGAUUAUACAGAUAUCCUGACUCAUUUGCUUUCUCUUUGGAAACAAAAGCAUAACCAGUUUUGGAAUCUUUCUGGAACAAGGCCACCAUGAAAGGAAAAAUGGUUUUAGCAACUUUCUUCUUUGAGUGAGCUUACCUAGGAGACACACCUCAAAGGCAAAAGAUGGCCCUGGAUUAAGGUUUUGUUAAUGGACCUAAAAUUGUAUGGCCUCUUGAAUUACCAUGUGGUUUUAGCUUCUUUUGUUGUUGAUGUUGUUUGGUUUUAUUUUAUAUUUGCAGAAUCGGUGCUUCUUUCAGAGCCAGUGAACAUAGCUGACUUGAGCCGUAGCUGUGCUGUUGCCAAACUGUCUUUGGAACCCCCUAAAGACUUGCUGGAACAAGGGAAUUGCCCUGUCUGUAUUGGCUGGGAUAUUUAUUGCCUGUUCAUUCCUUGAACAUGGAGUACUGAUCUCCUUGCCAGGUGUUCCACCCAACAAUGAUGAAUUUGGACAUACUCCUAUGAAGAAAUGCCACAUGAUCCAAGAGCAAGCAUGUCCAGUAAGUUACUUGGGUCACUGCCACAUUAGGAAGCUAGUUUGCUAACAGUGCUUCCCAGGAAAUCAGGUGUGAUUUGACCCAGAAACAGGAAGCAGUUCCUCACCAAUGACAUCAUGACAGCAAGAGAGCAGAGCCCUCGCCAUGGCUCCAGGGCCCGUGCGAUGCAGCGGGCUUCCACAAUCGAUGUGGCAGCUGACAUGCUGGGCCUCUCUCUGGCAGGAAAUAUACAAGACCCAGAUGAGCCCAUUUUAGAAUUCAGCUUAGCUUGCAGUGAACUGCAUACUCCAUCAUUAGAUCGAAAACCAAAUAGUUUUGUAGCAGUGAGUGUCACCACCCCUCCUCAGGCUUUCUGGACAAAGCACGCACAGACAGAGAUCAUUGAGGGAACCAACAAUCCUAUAUUUCUAAGCAGUAUUGCCUUCUUUCAAGACUCUCUUAUCAAUCAGAUGACACAAAUCAAACUGUCUGUGUAUGAUGUCAAAGAUAGAUCUCAGGGAACAAUGUAUUUACUGGGCUCUGGAACAUUCAUUGUCAAAGAUCUCCUUCAGGACAGGCACCAUAGGUUGCAUUUAACACUAAGGUCUGCAGAGAGCGACCGUGUAGGUAAUAUCACUGUGAUUGGCUGGCAGAUGGAGGAGAAAUCAGACCAGCAGCCCCCUGUGACUCGGUCUGUGGACACUGUCAAUGGGAAGAUGGUUCUGCCCGUUGAUGAGAGCUUGACCGAGGCAUUGGGAAUCCGAUCCAAAUAUGCUUCAUUGAGAAAAGACACUUUACUGAAAUCGGUGUUCGGAGGUGCCAUUUGCCGCAUGUACCGGUUCCCAACCACUGAUGGCAAUCACCUGCGCAUCCUGGAGCAGAUGGCAGAGAGUGUGCUCUCCCUGCAUGUGCCCCGGCAGUUUGUGAAGCUCCUGUUGGAAGAAGAUGCAGCCAGAGUCUGUGAGCUGGAGGAAUUGGGGGAGCUGUCCCCUUGCUGGGAGAGCCUCCGGCGCCAAAUUGUAACCCAGUACCAAACCAUCAUCCUCACAUACCAGGAGAACCUGACUGACCUCCAUCAGUACAAAGGUCCCUCCUUUAAAGCAAGCAGUUUGAAAGCAGAUAAAAAGUUAGAAUUUGUUCCCACAAACCUGCACAUACAAAGGAUGAGAGUUCAAGAUGAUGGAGGAUCAGAUCAGAACUAUGACGUCGUCACUAUCGGAGCACCAGCAGCACACUGCCAAGGUUUCAAGUCAGGAGGUCUCCGCAAAAAGCUGCACAAAUUCGAAGAGACCAAGAAACACAGUUUUGAGGAGUGUUGUACAUCAUCUAGCUGCCAGUCCAUAAUCUACAUACCACAGGACAUCAUCAGAGCCAAGGAGAUAAUUGCCCAGAUCAACACUCUGAAAACCCAAGUUAGUUAUUAUGCAGAGCGACUCUCAAGGGCUGCCAAGGACAGGUCUGCCACCGGCCUUGAGAGGACACUUGCCAUCUUGGCAGACAAGACCCGGCAGCUGGUCACAGUCUGUGACUGCAAGCUGCUGGCCAAUUCCAUCCAUGGGCUGAAUGCUGCACGACCUGACUACAUUGCUUCCAAGGCCUCCCCCACCUCAACUGAGGAGGAACAGGUGAUGCUUCGGAAUGAUCAGGACACCCUCAUGGCCAGGUGGACGGGGAGGAACAGCCGGUCUUCCCUGCAGGUGGAUUGGCAUGAGGAGGAGUGGGAGAAAGUAUGGCUGAAUGUAGACAAGAGCCUGGAAUGCAUCAUCCAGCGAGUGGAUAAGCUACUGCAGAAGGAGCGCCUGCAUGGCGAGGGCUGUGAGGAUGUCUUCCCCUGCACAAGCAGCUGCACAAGCAAGAAAGGUAACCGGGACAGCCACGCCUACUGGAUCAGACCGGAGGACCCCUUCUGCGACGCCCCCUCCUCGCCAUGCCCCUCCUCCAUGCCCACUGCUGCAUGCCAUCCUCACCUGAGCUCACAUCGCAGCCCCCCUACUGAAGAGUCCAGCCCAGGUGAAUGGAGUGAGGCCCUUUAUCCACUGCUGACAACCCUCACAGACUGUGUGGCCAUGAUGAGCGACAAAGCCAAGAAGGCCAUGGUCUUCCUGCUUAUGCAGGACAGUGCCCCCACCAUAGCCUCGUACCUGAGUCUGCAGUAUCGUCGCGAUGUGGUCUUCUGUCAAACACUGACUGCCCUCAUCUGUGGCUUCAUCAUCAAGUUGAGGAAUUGCCUGCAUGAUGAUGGCUUCCUGCGGCAGCUCUAUACCAUCGGGCUGCUGGCCCAGUUUGAGAGCCUCCUAAGCACCUAUGGGGAGGAGCUAGCAAUGUUGGAGGACAUGAGCCUUGGAAUCAUGGACUUGAGGAAUGUGACCUUUAAAGUCACACAGGCCACUUCUACUGCAUCAACUGACAUGCUACCCGUCAUCACAGGAAAUCGUGAUGGGUUUAACGUGCGGAUCCCCCUGCCAGGCCCACUGUUUGACACCCUGCCCCGGGAGAUCCAGAGCGGCAUGCUGCUGCGGGUACAGCCUGUCCUCUUCAAUGUGGGCAUCAAUGAGCAGCAGACAUUGGCUGAGAGGUUUGGUGAUACGUCUUUACAAGAAGUUAUCAACGUGGAGAGUUUGGUGCGGUUAAAUUCCUACUUUGAGCAGUUUAAGGAAGUUUUGCCUGAGGAUUGUCUACCUCGAUCUCGGAGUCAGACCUGCCUGCCAGAGCUGCUGCGCUUUCUGGGUCAAAACGUCCAUGCUCGGAAGAAUAAGAAUGUGGACAUUCUCUGGCAAGCUGCUGAGGUUUGCCGCCGCCUUAACGGGGUUCGGUUCACCAGCUGCAAGAGUGCCAAGGACCGCACAGCCAUGUCGGUGACGCUCGAACAGUGCCUGAUCCUACAGCAUGAGCACGGCAUGGCCCCGCAGGUCUUCACACAGGCCUUGGAGUGCAUGCGCAGUGAGGGUUGUCGAAGAGAAAAUACAAUGAAGAAUGUUGGAAGUCGCAAAUAUGCAUUUAAUUCCCUGCAGCUGAAGGCUUUCCCCAAGCAUUACAGGCCUCCCGAAGGGACUUACGGAAAAGUUGAAACAUGAACACACGGUUUCCUCUAUUUAGCUGUUACAUAAUAAAUGUGGGUACCCUCUAGUGUCAUAUACGAAUUCUUCAAGAAGACCUGAAGGAUUGGUUAUUUUUGUGUUUUUAAAAAUAUUUCACUGAACAGUCUGUGGAGCAUGUUUUUCUGUUGGAAUCUAUAGGAGGUAAUGUUUGGCUCAAUAGCUUGGAUAGUAAUGACCACCCAUAGAAAUAGCCGUCAGCUGUAAUUACACAGCCAGUAUCAGUAGUUACAUAUGAGAAUCCAACUAGGUUUGUCUGAAAUGCCAGAUUUUUUCCAAUGCCCACUGAGGACUGCUCACCUAACUUAUUUUUCUACUGAGUAACUCAAAAGUGAGCAAUGACUUAAAAUCUACCUUUUAAAAAUAUGAAUGUAGAUCAGUAAGUAAUAUAUUAAACAGUUGGAUCCCAGGCAAACCCAUAAAUGGGAACUCAAAUUUUGGGAACAGAAACUAGCACUGUCUCAUGCAGUGAGAACAGCUGCUACCAGUGCAUCUCUCUACCACCACUACCACCUGUGAAGGAAAGAUGGAAUUUCAGAGUAAGAUAAUGCUUUAUGAGAAGGUGACCCCUGCAAGGGAAAUGACACCUGGGGCUGCUCUUCUUUUUGUCCUUCAAGAGCUAGAGACGAGGGCAUCUGCUUGAGCCAGCAGUGAGGUCCUUGUACGCUGUCUCCUAUUCUCUUGUCCAGGUUCAGGUCCUACCACACUCACGAGCAUGGCUCCCUUCUCUGGAUGCUGAGUUGUAGCAAUCAAGGACCUUAAUUGUGGCAAGUCUGAUGUCUGAGAGACAGCACCCGAUGGGGGAUUUAUGAUUGUAAACAUAGUGGAAACAAAUAUUUGCAAAACAAAUGUUCUUUUGCAGGAUUUCCAGUAGAUGUUCUAAAACACAGUACAAUCAUGUUUGAAUAUUUGAUGAGUGUCUUACUUUUAGGUUUGCAAAAAUUGUUACUUUCUUCUCAUUCUGUUGUAUGAGUGUUGAGAAAUGGUUAAAAUUAUCUCCUUAAAUGAGAUUUUCAGAGGGAUUUAUGGGCCAGGAAACUUUGGAAUUUCAUAGAUAAUUAUGUCUGGUCAUCUUUUAUAAGUUGAUGAUGAGUCUUAUUUGGACACAGCACAGGUUCCCCCCCACCUUAGGAGGGUAUAUGUUUUAUCAAUUCUGUUUAUCAUAAUUCUGUUUACAUGUUAUUUAAAAGGUUGUAAAACAAAUGCAUGUGGCAUAUGUUGAUGCUGAUCCUAAUCAUUUGUAAACACCUUGAAAAAUUUUAAGUCCACUUUCUUUUUGACUCCUUUAGAAUCGUGUAUCAAGCUUGGGCUUGGGGUACUGAAGCACAGACAGAACCAAGCCUCGAUAGGGAUACAGAGAAAGUGGGCAUCAGGUAGGGAUGGAACUGGGUGACUUUCCAUAUCCCUUCCUAUUCCAGAAGUCAGUGUGCAAACAGCUUGCUGUCUCCCGAUGCCUGCUAGGAGGAAGGUGUGUUUUAGUUUGGGCUGUUGCUGCUUACUGUCCCUCCCUAAAAGCUAGGCUUGCUAUGGUGGGCAAGUGGAGAGGAUCUCUUGUGCCAGAACUUCCACACAGCAGCUGCUGGUGGUGUUAGAUUCUCCUCCUGAAGUGUCAUUCCCUGUUUAAAGGCAACUGGUCCUUAAUAUGGCUGAUUUAGCCUUUCAUCUCUCGUCUCAUUUAACUUGUCAUUUUUUAGUUCCAGCUUGUCUCAUUUUGAUGUCAUAACCUUUUACAUUUUUUCCUUGUUUUUAGUUAAAUGUUAUCCAUUUUGGUUCUGACUUCUUUUGUCCAAAGAGCAUUAACUUCCUGUAUUUAUAAAGGGAAUAUAGCAAAUGUUAACUCAUCUGUCAGCAGUUUUGCAUGUAGCACCUUUAUGUGCAUUAUUUUCCAAGUUUUCCAUUAUAUUUUGACCCACCAUAGGACUUGUCUAAUUAAGACUCAGGCUUCAGUAUUCUUUCCAAAGGAUGUGACCUGCUCCCAGUACAUGGCGAAAGUCCCAGGAUUGCUGGGACAGGGUGCAUGGCACAGUGUGGGUGUAGGCAGCUUCUGGCUGGACAGAGGAAUGCUGAGUUGUUUGCUGCACCAGGAAGGCAGUUUUAUAGGUUAAGGCAAAAUAGAAGUUCCGUCCAAUGUGCCCCUCUCCCCUAAUUUAAAAAUAAAUACUGAGCUAUGUGGACAGCCGGGAAGUCAUGGAUUCUGUCAGAGCUCCUGCAGCACAGUUGCCUUUAGUUUCCUCUAAAGAUGUAAAAAUAUUGUAUAAUACAGGGAUUUUUUCCCCCACACAGUUGUAUUUGCCAAGCUUAGUGCAUUGAAAUACUUUUAUUUAUUUGUUUUGGGCAGUAUUAAUAUAUACUAUAUGAACAUAUAGUUACUGUUUUAUAUAUUCUUAGCUCAUUCAAAGCCAUGUAUGCUGUAAAUGUGCUAGUCUUUAGAAUGACAAAUAAUAAAUAACUGACAAGAAUAUUAAACUUGGUCUUGCCUGAUUCAUUCCCUUUCUCUGGAAGGUCUAGGUAGUUGUAUAGGUGGCACCUGACUGGACUGUCAUCACUGAGUAUUGCAUCAAGUGCUGGGGUGCUGAAAGCACAGGAAUAUAAACAUGGGACCAUGUGAGACUAAUGUUUUUAUCUUUUUUUGACUUAAUUUGAAGUACAGGGGGUAGCAGGGAAUGGGAUUAAAAGUAUGGACAGCAGCAGCAGACAGCCCCAGGUCCCAAUCCAGGUUUUGUGACUCACUGACCAUUAUGUGGGGCAAGUCGCUGAGCCCCUCUGAACCUCUGUUUCCAUGUGUGCAGUGUGGACAACCAACAGUAGGUUCCUAUUAAGCUGAUUUUGAGGCACCUUGCCAGUUAAUUGUACAUAAAUGUUGGCUGCUUAAUUCCUGUCCAUAAACAUGGAUCACAUUAUAUCUCCCUGGGCAGCCUGGCCCUUGCAUGACUUGUUAAAAUGCAGCUCCUUCAUGAUUUGUUAUCACCAGAACUGCAUGUGAUUUCCCUCACACAUGUUCCUGGCAGUGGAAAUGUACUUUAAAGGAGAUCUUUAUUUACCAUGAUAAUCCCAGAAAUGUAAGCUACUGCCUGGAGCAGGUGCUUUUUCCUUUAGCUCCUCAGUGCUGUAAAUGAUAUCUUUUUCCAGUUUCCAUUUCUUUGAUUAUCUGUGAACAUUUGAUUAUCUUUGAUUAUCUUUUGUACCUUUACUGGUAUUUAUGUUUUUGUGACUUCAUUGGGAUGUUGGUCUUUUUCAUAUUGAUUAAGUGUUUUUUAAUAUGCUAUCUAUUAUAUCCUCUGUUGUGUGUUGCACAUUUUUAAAAUCUUUUUGUCUUUAUUUAUGGUAGGGGAUAUACAGAAGUUUUAAAUGGUUAUGUAGACAAAUUUGCCUGUGUUUCUCUGUUUGGUGCUUAUUCUGAAAUUGAGUUUUGGUUUCUCCAUGAAGGUGACACAGAUGAGGCACCAUUGUCCUUGUCUGGGAAGUGGACAUGGUAGUGUGCAUGAGCUGGGGGGCUGGAUUCAGGUGCUCAUUAGUACUUGCUUGGCACUUAGCAGGCUGUUUAAUGCUGUCCAUGGUAUCCACCUUAGUCUCUUGUCCAAGGUUGUUUCUUGAGAUACUCACCUGUUCUUAUUUUCAGUAUUUUUAUGGUUCAGUUUUACAUAUAGAUCAGUCAGUCCAUCUGGAAUUAUUUUGAUCUAAGUCAUGUGCUGUAUUUAGUGACUCCCUCCUUUCAGCCAACCCUAAUGUCAGCCUGGGCUUUCUCCUGCCGUAUCCGUCACAGCCAUUCUGGUACUCCCUGGAAAUCCUUUUCAGCCUCUUAUUAGCAGAUAGCACAGUGUAGCCUGGCUGCCCAGGACUAGGGUUAUUGCCCAAGGAGGUUUUGCAUUAGAGGAAGGUAAGAUGAGCUGGAGGAUGGAGCUUCCCAUUUACAACUUUUCUGAGAGAAAUGAUUUGCCACUGCAAAGGAUGUUAUUAUAUUAACAACAUUAAAUAGCAAAUUGUUCCUGUAUUUUGAAUAAAGGUUUCUCACAAAGUCCUCAUCAGCAUCAUGUGCUCCUCAUGCCAUAGCAGUGAUCCUGGAACUUCCUGAGCUAUGAUUUUCUGCAUGGGCACAAUGUGACCCCUCAGUUGCACUUAAGAGCCACCAGCAUUUUCCAUCUUUUCUCAUGGAGUGUUGAUACCCCAAGGCCAGAAGGACCUAACCACAUACUGGUAUGUCCAGCAGUAGUACUAGGAUGACCCUUCUGGGAUCAACAUUGUCUCUGGCAAGCAAGCCUUGGAAACAUUCCGUGUGAAGAAAGACAAGUGUCCCUUUUCUUGUCACCUUUUCUUUUUGUCCUACAAUGUCUCUUUUACAAGUCCAAGUGAAGAGCUGAUUUUUCAGAAAGUUAUAAGGAGGACACAACUUUGCUGUGUACAAAACCCCACCCAGUAACACAAGGGUCCCCGGGAGUCUAGGGAUGGCAAUGAUGACAACCAACAAGAAAGUGGGGGCAGUAGGACUCAGCUUGGACUGCAUGUUCCAGCCCCAAACUGCUGAGAGGCUUUCCAGAGGAGGGGCACAGCUGGCUUAUAGGUCUGUGAUUAUUUUUAUACUUUAGAGCCAGGCAUAGUAGCUUAUGCCUGUAAUCCCAGCUACUUAGGAGGUGGAGAUUGGAACGAUCGUGGUUUCAGACCAGCCUGUAAAAAUUUAGUGAGAUCCCAUCUCAGUUGACAAAAAGCUGAGUGUAGUAGUUUGUGCCUAUCAUUUCAGCUACAUGGGAAGCAUAAAUAGGAAGAUGGUGGUCCACCAGCCUAAGAACAAAUGUGAGACCCCCCGCCCCCCAGCUCAAAAUUAACCAAAGCAUAGAGGGCAAGUGGUAGAGCAUCUA